AUGGCUGCAAGGCAGGUGGUCUUAACGUUAGCUCUACUGGUGACUAGUGGGUGGGUGACCACUGGUCAAGAUGAUACGACGUGGGAAUCAGCUUUUGAUGCUUUGGACGAUUUAGGAUGUCGUCAGAACACUAGAAGGUACCUGUUCUUCAGCAAGAUGAUGGAAGUUCUGAGAAACGCUCCACAGGAAGAUGAAGAAUACAAUUACACUUCACAGAUACAAGAAAUCCUUACAGGCGAGCAAGUCACCUUUCUGAUCCCAACUGACGAGGCAAUGAACAUGAUCCCAUCGGAGAAACUCAGUGAGCUACAGGGAAAUUCUAGGCUGAUGCUGGAGAUCAUCACCCUCCACAUCAUCCCCAACCAAGUCCUGUACACAUCACUAGUUAACCACAAUGAGAGAUUCAACACACAGUUAAAUUCAGGGGCUGUUAUCUUCAGGAACUACAGAGAAGGAAUGUACGUUACGGGUGCACUAAAAGGUGGUGGAACUGUAACAGCCAAACUGAACCCAGGCAACAGAACUGUUCUCAAUGGUGUUGUCCAUCAGAUUGAUGCCAUGCUGGGAUUUGUUUACAAGACUGCUAUUGAGGAGAUUCAGAUUGAUCCUAACACUCAAAACUUUGCACAGCUGAUUAAUGCAACAAGUCAAGAUCUACAGGACCACUUGAAUGCCACCAGUGGCGUUAUUGUACUUGCCCCAACAAACGCAGCCAUGAAUGCCAUAAGGGCGAUCUACCCAAACUAUACUGAAAACCAGUCUUUGGUUGAUAUGAUUUUCGAGAUGAGUGUUUUAGAACAAGGCCAUUCCAUUAAUUUAAUAGACCAUAACAGGGACUAUGAAUCCUUUAAAACCGCAACUUCAAGAUAUAAUGGAAGUCUUAUCAAGGUUUACCAGGAAGGAAAUGAUCUAUGGGUAGAAGGAGGAUAUGUAAAGGCCAGAGUUAUCAAACCUGACAUAGGUGUCACUAAUGGAGCGGUCCAUCAGAUUGAUGCAGUUUUUGGGAUCCCCACUCGGGAUAUUCCAUACACUGUCUUCUGUGAGGACUGGCUCGUAUCGACAUACACCCAGCUCAAGUACGUAGGUCUGGACGCCUACAUGAGAGAUCCAACUCUGACCAGAAACCAGGACUGUGUGUUUAGUGCCAGUGCUGCCGCUGGUCAAGUCCCUCCUGCUGCUGGCACCUGGCAAACUAACACUGGACAAGCCAAUCAGAAUCAAACUAACACUGGACAAGCCAAUCAGAAUCAAACUAACACUGGACAAGCCAAUCAGAACCAAACUAACACUGGACAAGCCAAUCAGAACCAAACUAACACUGGACAAGCCAAUCAGAAUCAAAAUUUCUAUGGAGGCUUGUGUGGCGAUGGUCUAGAUAGAUGCGAGUUUACCUUCUUUGUACCUAAUGGAACAGCCAUUGACAACUUUGCCCUGACUGCUUAUGGACGGCAAAUGAUGAACGAUCUGCACAAAUGGAGAUGGCUCCUAAGAAGAUUAAUCACAUUCAGAGAGAAGAUAUACAUUGACCAGCUGGCCUUUGGUGCAACUAGGAGUUAUUAUGCUGACAAUGGUGAAGAGAUCAUCAUACAGACAGACUCCAGGUCCAAUAUACCCAGUGGACAAAGAACAACCUACAUCAUGUUUGGAGGUGUCAGAGCGCAAGUUGCACACUCAGAUAUAGGGGCCACCAAUGGUGUCAUACAUAUUAUAAGCUCUCUACUUUUUAUACCAGAGGAUUUGGACAGGUUCGCCAAUAAAAGUGAUCAAAAUAAAUUUGAACGCUGCUGACCACACUAACCCUCCAUUUGCCGAGGUCACAAAACAGGCGAACUCUACUUCACUUGCCUCAUGGUACGUCAUGUUCGAUCGUAAAUUGUACUUGAUAACAAUUAUUAAACUAUUUGGUAUAAGCUACUCGACACAAUGAUGAGAUAAGAAAAAGUUAAUAUUCUACUUGUAUUCUUCUUCUAAGUGUUACUAAUUUUAUCUGUAUAAAAAUGACUAUAAUUAGAGGCUGAU